UGACGGUUGCUAGGUGACGGGGCGCCUAUACUGAAUUUUAACCAAAAGACAGGCAAAGAGGGGAGAGUGUGUGUGAGAGGGGAGAGAGAAGUGAGAGAGUGGGGGGUGGGGGGGGAGAGACAGAGAGAGAGAGAGAGGGGGAGAGAGAGAGAGAGAUCCGAGGAUACACGUAGAUCAUAUAUGUAUGUUUUGAGAGAUAUUUUCCCCGGCAUUUCUCCGCGUGUGUGUGUGUGCGUGCGUGAGUGAGUGAGUGUACGCGAGGCGCCCAGGGGGGUGUCGGGGGGGUGGGGGGGACACGCGCGCGCUCACACACACACACACGCACACACACACGCGCCAAAACGGAUACCUCAAAACGGAAGGAUGUGAAAAAGGAUGGAGGGACGCACGGAAAGAGGGGGGAAAGGCUGGUGAAAAACAGCACCCUCUCUUUGCGCCGUACAUAUCGGCCUCCCCCCUCGGCAGGUUGCCAUGGUGGCCAUACCGACUCUCUCCCUGCUACUGGUCCUGGCGGAGUGGCGAGGCGCGGCGGACGCCUCGCCCCACCUGCUGCUGCGGCCCAGCCCGCGGGAGCGCGACGCGGGGCCAAUGAUGAACUUCAACAUCGCCGUCAUCCACGCCGGCGCCACGGCGCUGGCGGAGGCAGCGCCGGCCGGGCCCGGGGGACGGGUGGCGUACCCCGGCUUCGGCCGCGUGUACGGCUCCCUGGGGGAGAGCGUGGUCACCCAGUGGGGCUCCGCCAACGUCAUCUGGCUACAGGUGAACGACAGCAGCCCGAAGACGGUGCUGUCCCAGCUGUGUGAGCUGCUGGCCGCGCGGCCCCUGCAGGGUCUGGUUUAUGAAGAGGAGAGGCCCCCGCGCACGGCCUGGGGUCCUCUGGCCCCCAUGCUGGAGUUUGUGUCGGCGCAAACGGGACUGCCCAUAGUGGCUGUAGGAGGGGGAGCGGGGCUGGGGAGGAUGCCACAGGAAUCGGGUUCCAUCUUUCUCCAGUUCAGCUCCUCUACGGCCCUCCAACUGGAGGUCAUAUUUGAGGUGCUGGAGGAGUACGACUGGACUGCCUUCUCGGUGGUGUCCACGCGUCACCACGGCUACCAGGAGUUCCUGUCGGUGGUGGAAGGCCUGACGGACGGCUCCUUCAUCGGAUGGGAGAAGAAGAGCGUGGUCAUCCUCAACGUGACCGACGACCCUGGCGGCGCGCGCACGCGCAGGUUACUGAAGGAGAACGAAGCGCAGGUCCGCUUGCUGUACUGCUCCCAGGAGGAGGCCGAGCUGGUGUUCCGAGCGGCCUGGGCGGCGGGUCAGGCCGGCGGCUCGCACAUGUGGUUCGCCGUGGGGCCGGCCCUCUCGGGUUUAAGCAUGGAGAGCAUGCCCAGGGCUCUGUUUGCCGUGCGGCCCCAGGGAUGGAGGGACGAGCCCCGGCGGAGGAUCGCGCGAGGGGUCUCGGUGCUGACGCACGGGGCCGUGGCCACGCGCAAGGAUUACGGGACGACGGGCGGGCCCAACUUUGUCACCAACUGCGCCGCCGAUGCCAAUCAGACGCAGAGAAUGCGGGGCAGGAUGAGGUACUUCAGUAACAUUACGCUCGGUGGCCGAGAUUACUCCUUCGACGCUGACGGCUACCUGGCCAAUCCCUUCCUGGAUGUCAUUUCCUGGACACCUGGGAGAGGAUGGGAAGAUGUAGGCUGGUGGGAGAACGGCGUACUGAGACUGCGCUAUCCGGCCUGGUCCCGCUACGGGCCUUUCCUUAAACCUCCGGACGACGCUCAGCAUCUGCGCGUGGUCACGCUCGAGGAACGACCGUUUGUCAUCGUGGAGCUGGCAGACCCCGCGUCGGGAACUUGCAUCCGGGACUCGGUGCCCUGUCGACGGCCUCUCAAUACCAGUAGCGCCAAUCACGAGGGAGUGGCUCCCAUGAAGCAAUGCUGCAAGGGCUUCUGCAUCGACAUCCUCAAGAGAUUGGCCAAGAUCGUCGGCUUCACCUACGACCUCUACCUAGUGACCAACGGGAAGCACGGCAAGAAAAUCGACGGCGUUUGGAACGGCAUGAUCGGAGAGGUGGUAUACAAGCGGGCGGACAUGGCCAUCGGCUCUCUGACGAUCAACGAGGAGCGUUCCGAGGUUGUGGAUUUCUCCGUCCCUUUUGUGGAAACGGGGAUCAGCGUCAUGGUCUCGCGUAGCAACGGAACGGUAUCGCCUUCCGCGUUCCUCGAGCCUUACAGCCCGGCGGUGUGGGUGAUGAUGUUCGUCAUGUGCCUGACCGUGGUGGCUGUGACUGUCUUCAUCUUUGAGUUCUUCAGUCCCGUGGGCUACAACCGCAGUCUACAAACUGGCAAGAAGGCCGGCGGGUCUACUUUCACGAUCGGAAAGUCCGUGUGGCUUCUGUGGGCCAUAGUCUUCAACAAUUCCGUGCCGGUGGAGAACCCCAGAGGGACAACGAGCAAGAUCAUGGUCCUGAUCUGGGCCUUCUUCGCCGUCAUUUUCUUGGCCUCGUACACGGCUAACCUGGCCGCCUUCAUGAUCCAGGAGGAGUACAUUGACACGGUGUCAGGGCUCUCCGACAAGAAGUUUCAGCAUCCCGAGGAGCAGUACCCACCGCUGAAGUUCGGCACGGUGCCCAACGGCAGCACGGAAAAAAACAUCCGCUCCAACUACCCGGAUAUGCACCAGUACAUGGGCAAAUACAACCAGAGAGGAGUGGAGGACGCCAUUCUCAACCUCAAGACCGGGAAACUGGACGCUUUUAUUUAUGACGCUGCAGUGUUGAACUAUAUGGCCAGGAAGGACGAAGGUUGUAAGGUGAUGACCAUAGGCUCGGGGAAGGUUUUUGCCACCACAGGCUACGGUAUCGCCCUGCACAAAAACUCACGCUGGAAACGUCCUCUCGACCUGGCCCUUCUGCAGCUGGUGGGAGAUGAUGAAAUUGAAAUGCUGGAGCGCCUUUGGCUGUCAGGUAUCUGCCAUAAUGACAAAAUUGAGGUGAUGAGCAGUAAGCUAGAUAUUGACAACAUGGCUGGGGUCUUCUACAUGCUUCUGGUGGCUAUGGGCCUCAGCCUACUGGUUUUUGCCUGGGAGCACUUGGUCUACUGGAAGUUGCGCCAUUGCAUGGCCACCAGCUCAGGCAAACUGGAUUUCCUCCUAGCCAUCAGCAGGGGCAUGUACAGCUGCUGUAGCUUUGAAGAUGAAACGGCGCCGGGGGCCGCUAAAUCAUUGAGUUCUCACCACCACGCGCCUCUGGUUCCCGUCCCGUCCCAAGCGCACGUCAUCUCGACGUCAAUGAGCGGCCCGGCUCUGGCUCUAGCGCAGCAGCAACAGCCGCCGCAGGCGCAGGCGCAGGCGCAUUCCGUCUACAAGACGCCUCUGCCCGGCUCUUCUCCCACCCUGGCGCAUUCGGGAGCGGCGCCGGGUCCUUCCGCCACCCCCGUUGCCGGCGCGCCCCUCCCUUGCUCCACUUUCCUGCCCCGGCCGGAUCGCAGGCUGGCCGUGGUGGAUCGCUGGAGGCUUCCCAAAUCGGCGACGGCCGCCAACCCUCGGUCCGUCAGGGGGGGCCUUCCCGACAUGGGACCCUUCGCUGCAAAAGUCCCCGCGAACUGGACUUCGUCCGCCGGAGGAGGCGGGGGACUUGAUGGUUACAAGAGGUACUACGGUCCCAUUGACCCCGAGGGACUGGGGCCCUGCAUGGAGCAGCAGGCCGGGUCCCAGACCCCCAAGACCAUGCCGAGGGGCCACCAGCAGCCCCCUCCGGCCACUGUGGCCUUCUACUCAGAGAAGGGCGUGGACCACGGGGUGGGGAAGAGGGUGGUCGGCGGCGGCGGAGCUCAGGGGAAAGCGGCCGUGAAAUCUCUCGGAACGCCGAGAGCGCCUCCCAAGAGUCAAGCCCCCCUGCCUCCUACGCCCCCGCUGCCACGCCCCUCCCCCCCUCUCCCCUCGUCCUUUUGGAGAAGGCGAAGGGCCAAGAAGCCCAAAGAACGCGGCGGGCCGCUCUACGAGAACAUUUUGCCCCUGGGGCGGCGGGUAGAGGCGCAAGAUGCAGUGAGGGAGGGGGGCGGAAGGAGGGCUCGCCCCCUUUCCCCCCCGCUCUCACUUCCUGUGCCAGUACCCCUCAGCCCCUCCUACACCCCGCCCUCGCCGUCGGCAUCCCUGCGCUACACGUCCUCGUCUUCUUCGUCCACCGCCUCGUCCACGUCCACGUCCUCGUCGUCGGCCUCGUCUUCUCGCUCCUCCUCCCCCACGUACUCUUACGGCUCCUCCGGGAGCACGCGGGGCGGGGGUCCCGAUGAAGAAGAGGACGACGACGACCUGACGGAAGAAUCCAGCCUUCUCCUCGGGAGGGGGCGAGAGAGAGAACGCUCCGUCGCCCGGCCUCGCUCCCUCAGCCGCGGGCGCGCGCCCCCGCCCCCGCCCGUACCCCCCAGGAAGCCGCGCGCGUCCUGGGGCGACGACGGCGAACGUCGGAGGGACAGAGGGGGCAGCCAGCUGUCUCAACUUCAAGAGUGGUGGGCGAGCUGGAGCGAGAGAGAAAAGGGCGGAGAGGCCGAGAGGCAAAAAAGCGAGAGGAAGAGAAGGAAAGAGAAGAAGAAAAAGAAAAAGAGCAAAAAGAGAAAGAAACGGGAAGAUCGGGAACGAGAGCGAGAGCGAGAACGGAAAAGACGCAAAGUGAAAAAGAAGAAGAGAAAGGCGCUCAAGACAAAGAAGAGGAAGAAAUCCACUGCGGGCAAAAGGUCGGACCCGGAAGACGGCGACAUCGAGGCCGAGAGGGAGGGGGGGGCGGAAGGGGGGGUCGAAGCCGCCGGCCAGGACUAUACUUCCUUCCCCGCCCACUAUCGGAAUACGUUUGGAGAGAAGCGGCGAGAUUCGUGGGAAGGAGAGCGGGGGAGAGACGGAGGGGGUGAGCCCGACGACGUUGAGGGGGCGGCGGACGGUGGCAGAAGUCGAGAAAGGCGCCGCAAGUCAUCGCGCCCCCGUUCCAGACAGCGCGCCUCCAGUAAGCGCUGCUACCCCAACCUCAACAAACUGCCCGCAUCCGUCAAAUUUUGGGUCAACGGGAGGGGGGGGGACCCAAAUGCUCCCCCCGCAGCCCUGCACCCCUUCCUCCAGUCCGGCAAGCGACGAAGAAGCGCGGGCCUAGAUGGGGAGGAGAGCGGCAGGGGGGGGGAGAGGCGUCCUUUACUGAUGCCUUACGCAAAGGACAAAGCGCAGGCCAGAGAGGGCCUCUCCUUACACGAGUGGGACUCCGACGACGACGACGAUGACGACGAGGAAGAGGACAGGGAAAGAGUUCGGGAACGGGGGGGCCAGCGGAGUAGGGGGGCAGGUCGGGGAGCCCUGUCUGAAACCGAGAGGGACAGAAUCGAAAUCAGGGCGGAGGACAGUUACUCAGACGACGACUCAUCGGGGGAGUUUGGACGCUUUGAGAGGUACUGGGAGGGGGGCGGGGCCAACAGCUCAGGCGGGGGCGGCAUAGGGGGCGGGGGCGGGGGCGGGGGCGGAUGGUUCUUUGGCACGUACCCCUCCAGGGAGAGAGGAGGCAGUAUCAAUAGUCGGGAUGAUUCCUUGCUGGGAACGAGGGCGGAGGGAUGGAUGGGCGCUGACUUUUGGAGUUCGGGGGCAGGUGUCGCUUGGGAAUCGGGGGGAGGCAGCGGGGGGCCGGGCUCGCAGUGGCCCCCGGCCCCCUCGGCCUUUCCUCCGCCCAGGAGGUACUGGUCCAUGGACAAGAUCCCGAUGAAGGGGGAGAAGAAGUGCAAGUCUGCCGGGAGGAAAAGUAAGAGGCAAGCGAGGGGCGGGGGGGGCGACGCCCGCCGGGCCACCGCCUGUUCUUGUAGCCUUUACCCGCACCCCCACCCCUACCCGCAUCCGCCCGGCCGCUCGGGCGCCUCCCGUUCCGAAAGGCCACCCGCCUCGCUAUCGCGUAGCCGGGAAGAGCUUCUCCCCCACCGCCACAGUUUCAGCGGGGGCUCUCGACCCAAGCCCCCCCCUCCGAAAGCGGAUCCUGGUCAGGCCAAAUCGGGCAGCCAGUCCAACCUCAGCACAAAGGCCGGCGAGCUGGCGCCUCAACCUCCACCGUCGCCGCCGCGGCAGCCGUCUCUGUCUCCCGCGACCCUCCCCACGCCUAUCCCGCCUCCCCCCUCCUCGUCGUCGGUCUCGCCUGCGGUGGCGGGGGGGGCGGUGGGGAUGGUGGCCGGCCCCGCUCGGAUUCAGGCCUCGGCCAAACUCCAGUACCAGAGACUCCGUUCCGUGCCGCAGCCGCGGAGGUUCUACUCGCCUCACCUGCCACUUAAAGCCGAGAGCCUGUGCUCGCGUCGAGGGUCGGCUCACUUCUCCAGUCUGGAGAGUGAGGUAUGACGGAUGGGGGGGGGGUCAACGAGAGAGGGAGACGUCGCGGCGAGCGCCUCGGAACCCAGACCCGGAAGCGUGGCCGCCCCGGUAGGCGUGGGUCGUCGCUCGGCGGCCGGAGCAAACGCCGCCGCCCACUCCCCUGUGCACAUUCUCGUAAGGGCCACGAUGAGACGCCACACCAGGUUAAGCUACCCCCCCCUUCGGACGGUUCCCGUGACAACCAGCGUGAAGUCGAGGCCGCGUCGCCGGGGCCGACUGCUCCGGAACUUGUCCUUCGCUCGGAGUUGAGCUUUGUGAUGUCGUCCUCGGUUCUGCUCGCCGGCUCGGGAUAAGUUGAAGUCUCCAACCUGUGAGUAAUGAUGUCAUAUUUGUACACACACACACACACCACUGGCAAAAUGUGUCGAAACGUCCCCCUCCCUCUUGGCUUUGAGGACAAUUUAGUGGCUUCAAAAGGGGGCACGCACUCUCACUUCUGGCGUUUUUAUUUAUGGGGGUCGGGGGGUGGACUACUUACAGAAGGUGAAAAGAUGACCCCCCUUCCCUCCCUCGCCGCCCCCCCCCCCCCCGACUCCCCUUUGCUUUUGUAAAUGGGUUGAAAAGCAAUUCUCUCACAUCUGAGCGGCGGGGGGGACGAUGCUACCGACGUACUCUUUGACUUUGCAACCCCAACGGAUCCGUCGAGCUUGACCCCGAACCGCCUCCGCCACCGCCACCACCACUGUGUGAUGUCAUGUUUGAUUAGAAAUGGCUCAGACUGUCCAGGAUCCUCUGUAUGAGUUUAUGGUCCAGCGCGAACUGGGAUUCAACAUGAUGAGAGUACUUGAACAACAACAACAACAACAACAACAAAAAACGGAAAGUAGACGGGAAAAAAACAAGACAUGUAGCAUCUGCUUCAUUUUCUUGCUUUCUACUGUUUUUUUUUCCUCCAAUCGUGUUUUAUGUUUGUAUGAAUACUUGAGUAUUUUGAGAAAGAGGAGGCUGGAUGUGGCUCGCGUUGGAAGUGGGAACGAUUGGGCGCUCGUGCCAAACCUCCUCUCGAAAGAAAGGCUCCUUUUUGCACAUCAUUGAUUGUCACGGCGAAGGUGCUCCGUUGGGGACGAUAGCCGCGGUAUUCGGAAUCGGCGCGGGAAUUUCCAUGACAGGCGGCCCGUCCCAUUUGGAAAGCGUUGCAGCGCGAUUUGACGUGAAGCACAAUUGGUCGUCGUAUUCUUGGGGUUUCGAACAUGCGCGUUGAGAAGAAUCACCCGUUUGCAUCGGCGGGCAAUUUACCAGGACUGAAAAUCCGAUUCUUGCAUACGGGUUGCCUCGAAAGCGGUAUCUGGGCUUUCGGGCUUCCGUUUGGGGAAAGGAGGCCCAAAUACUCAAAAAAACUGUGAACGCUUCAGGGCGCUGACACCAUAAAUCGACUUCCGGGCGACUUUCUGACCGAGCAAUAGUCCCGCCUUCAAUGUGACAGGGGACCUUGUUUUUGUUUUUGUUUUUGUUGUUUUUGGUUUUUUGUUGUUUUUGGUUUUUUGUUGUUUUUUUCAUCACCUGGGCUCGGGCGUUCCCAAUCUGUGAUUGACUUUUGGGUGGGUGGAGCCUGAUUUCCAGUCGCUUUUUAUAGAAACUCUAGCGCGGCGGCGCGGGGCCGCAUCUUUUUGCGGAGCGCUCUUUCUCGGUGAGCGGCCGCAGGAGCCAUCCCGCUGCGUAAAAAAAAAAAAAAAGCCCGCUGCCAAUCGUUGCGAUUGACGGAUUUCCGUUUUGAUCAGGCCGAGGCGGUUGCCUAAUCUCUCCCGCUAAGACCAGCCACAGCCCAGCUCUUCUUCUCCCGUGGUUGAAUGUAGCUUUGUGAUGAUGUAGCAAAAAAAAAAAGGGACACCUCGUUUUAGAUUUUGGAGCUUUUUUUGGGGGGGGGGGAUGCUCUCGAGGAUGGCGAAGACGGGCUUGACUUGCGCGUUGUAUUUGUGCAUGUUGUCACAGAUGGAAGGCUUAGGCGACCUUGAAACUCCACUGAGGGCAAAUGAUCUUUUUUAUCUGCACAUGGAUUGCUUUUUUUUUCCUUCUUUUUCAAGUAAAAAGAAAAAUUGUCAAUCAGUUUGUUUUUUUUUCAAGGCGGCCACCCCCGAAUCGAUGCAUGUUGAACCGAAUUAAAUCUCAAAGCUUUGCGGCGGCAGAGUUUCCGUUGUUCAAUUAGGAGCAAAGGAAGGCGCCUUUUCGAUGUGCUAAUGAGGCCAGCGGCGGUUACCGCGGCAACGCUUCGUCUGCGUGGCGAGCGGUCGUAUUCGGACGACCGACGGGGCCCUCGACCCGCUCUGACUUUGAGCGGUAUCGACAUUCACCGCAGGCGCUAAUUCUGAAGUCUGUGACUGCAUGAACAGAAAUGUCUCUUCACAUAUCGGGCUCUUUUUAUUUUCUAUUUUCCUUUUACGCGAAGGAGAGACGAAAAAAAAACAAAACAAACAAA